AUGCACUCUGCCGUUGCCUUCCAACAUGUUGAUGAUCCAUUCCCAACCGACAAGGAUGGGAACAUCAUUACAGCUGAUAUUGACUAUAUCCAUGUGAAUAUUGAGCCCCCUUUCGAAUCAUAUAUUUCUAACGAGCUGAUAAACAUACAAAGCUAUGGAAGGCCUCAUCAUCUCCGGAAAGACCAAAGCAAUGGGGGUUUCCAACUUCUCUCGCAAAAGAAUGGAACGCCUACUUGCAAAUUCCGACAUCGUUCCAGCAAAUUGAGGCACUCAUGUAACACAUUACUCGGUCUGGGCAACCAAAACGCACUUUAUGAUCGCCAGGAAGAUCUCGGUAGGAUGGUAGAGGAUGAAGGUUUGAAAACAAUUUGGAGAAAGCAUGGUAGGACAGGAGCUCAAAUUGCGCUUUCCUGGGGAAUCUCACAGGGACUUGGAUAG